AUGAAUGAAGGAACUGAUGGUAAUAACCUUCCGGAAGUUACCUUUAUCAGCCAGUGGCCUCCGGAUAAUGACGAAACCGAGAGCUUAACCAAGUCGCAUAAAAGGAAGAUAGCAGAUAUUGAUCAAGAACAGCCUGACAAUGACCCUUAUGAGAAACGAAAUGUAACAACGCAUGCAAAUAGUUCGCAAAAUUCAAGCUGUGACGUUGAUGACCAAGAGCACAACUUUCUCUGGGCACUUCCAAGCAUUGCACGAUGGUGGAGGAAGCAAGUUGCCAAAGAGAAGAUAAUUUAUAAAGGCGUUACUGAUUCUGCUGUCGUUGCAAACACCAAGCUUAAACGCAUAUUAAAGAGAUCCGACUGUCAGCUGUUCAUCGAGGAGACCAUCCAAAAAUUACAAGCCGUAAAGCAAAGAUAUGAAUUGAAUGCACAUUACUUUUCGGCCUUGGCAUCAUUCUUUGAUACAAGAGGGGACUAUACCGAAGCUUUAAAUCUUAUUGAAAGGUCUCUUCAGAUUGAAAGGAGAUCAGCUAAAGAUCUCUCAUUUAAGGAGUUUCUAUCUCGAUAUGCACUGCAAGCAAAGCCAGUAAUUAUUACAGAUGCUGUUUGCAAUAUGAUCUCAACACCUUGGACCUUUGAACAUAUCAAGAAUGUCGCUGGUGAUAGGAAAGCAGCGGUUAAAAGACUAAUUCCUGAUUCGGUUGAAUGGGCAAGACUUGAAAUUGCUCGUAGUAUGACGGUUAAAGAAUUCGUUAAUAAUAUGGAUAGUCCUAGCAAUUUCAAUGACGAACAGUUACUAUAUCUAUUUGACUGGAGCCUGCCCUUAAAUUGUCCUGAGUUAGCAAGCGAACUGACUAUUCCAAAGUACUUUGCAAGCGAUUUUUUGCAACGUACCCCUAAAGGAAUCCUGUAUCACGAUAGUUGGCCAAGCCUUUUCAUCGCUCCGGAAGGUGCACGUAGUGAACUGCAUAUAGAUGCUUUUGGAUCCAAUUUCUGGAUGGCAUUAUUUCAAGGUCGAAAGAGAUGGCUAAUUUUCAGAAGAGAAGAUCUACCCUUACUAUAUCCGUCAUAUUUCAAUAGUCUGGACGGUACCUUUAAUAUCGAUCUAUCGUCUAACGAUGAUAAUUUCCUUAGAGCAUUAAGCCUAUGUAAACCGAGAGAAUGCAUUUUACAACCAGGUGAACUGUUGUUUGUACCAUCAGGCUGCCCUCAUCGUGUUGAAAACUUAGAAAGAUCCAUUGCAAUUUCAGCUAACUUUGUUGACUUGUCUAACUAUCAUCGCGUCGUUGAAGAAUUGGAAUAUUCAUCAAUGAUGGACAACGAAAGCAAAGUUUUACUUUCCGUGUUAACGGAUUCAAAAUUUUCUACGCGUAUGAAUAGUCAACAGGAUAACUUAGCUUGGAAAGAUUUCAAAAAUUGGCAGUCUUUAAAAAGUAAUUACGACUUUGAUAUCACUUUGGAUAACAUUAAGAACUUCAAUUUAAGCGUAAAUGCAACUGAAAGCUAA